AUGUCUACCGCCAACGAAGCAGCUUGGCCCUUGGCCGAUGCGGCCCUGACCCAGGAGAUUCUCGAUCUCCUCCAGUCGGCCAUGCACAUCCGUCAGGCGAAGAAGGGUGCCAACGAAGUGACCAAGUCCAUUAACCGCGGAACUUGCGAACUCGCCGUCCUGGCCGCCGAUACCGAGCCCCUCGCCAUCAUCCUGCACAUCCCCCUCAUCUGCGAGGACAAGGGCGUGCCGUACGUCUACGUCCCCAGCAAGACCCUGCUGGGCCGUGCCUGCGGUGUGAGCCGUGCCGUGAUUGCGGCCAGCAUCAGCUCCAACGAGCUGUCGGAGCUGUCUGGCCAGAUCAAGGCUCUCCAGCAGAAGGUGGAGAGACUUGCCAUCUAA